AUGGGGAUGAGGCCAAACCACUUUGUGGUCCUGAACCAAUCAGGUUUCUCAUCCCCAUCUCCCCUUUGUCCCGCAGGGCUCCGGGCGGCCGUGACCCUGCUGGAGUGCGGGGGGGACCUCCAGCCCCCCGGGGGGUCCCUGCGCCUCCUCUGCCGAGGGUCCGGGUUCAGUUUUGGGAGUUUUGCCAUGCAAUGGGUCCGCCAGAGACCCGGGCAGCGGCUGGAGUGGCUCGCGGGGAUCAGCAGCCCUGGUUCUUACACCGAGUACGCGCCGUCGGUCAAGGGCCGGUUCACGAUCUCCAGGGACAACGGGCAGAGCUCGGUGACGCUGACCAUGAACAACCUCAAGGACGAGGAUUCCGGAUCCUAUUUCUGUGGCAAGGGUUCUCAAACUGGUUGGGCUGAAAGUGCCGCUUUUAGUGACGAUGCCCAAGCUGUCCCCAUCCCCAUCCCCGUGUCCCCGCCCUGUCCCCGUUCCCCAGACCCUUCCCCCAGACCCCCAGCCCACACCCAGCCCUUGGCCAUUGAUCCCAACCUUGCUCUGCCUCGGCCCCAAUUCCCACCCGCUGACCCCAAACCACAACUCCUGACCCCAAAUCCCCUCUUUGUGCCCCAAAACUUUGCUGUGGAGAUCGGGGUUUGA